AUGUUUGAUGUUUGUCGUCACAACUCAUCAUGUUUUCAACAAAUAAAAACAACUUUAACAACACUUUUACCUUGUUCUAAUUCAACAUUUAUUUCUAAAUUUCAAAAUGCAUUUAUUAGUUCAACUGGUUUUAAUAUUUCUGAAAGUAAAAUAUCAUUAGAAACAACUUUACAAAUGAAUCUUGAACCUAUUGUACUAUCAACUUUAUCUAAUUCUGGUCUUCCUAUUCCAUUGUAUUAUGGUGCAUGUGGUCGAGUAAUAGUUGUUAGUAAUGAAGGAUCGAAUCUUGUAUUUUAUCGUCAUUCAUCAUUUCAAUUUCGCGUUUUUCUUGCUCGAGAACUUCUCAUUUCAAUGCAUGAAUUAAACACAGGAAAUUCUGAUAUAAUUAUUUAUUAUCCAGAUAUUAAUCUAGAAAAUUUUGUCUAUAAUCAAUAUGAACGACGUGUAAAAAUUAUUGAUUUAGAAUAUGUAACUAUUGUUGAACGAAGUUUAUUUUUCAAUACAAAUAUUGAUGAUGAUGAUGAGAAUAGUUGUGGAAAAACAUUAAAUUCAAAUAAAUAUUGUAAUACAUACAUGCCUGAUUACAAUUUUCAAAAGCAGGCCACUCAAAAUGAAAAUAGUCAUUCUACAACAAUUGAUAUUGAUGAUGAUAAAUUGGUUGUAAAUGAUUUUCUACACGAAACUGAUCUUAUUCGAACAAAUAUUGAUAAAAUUGAUGAACUUAUACAAGAAGUUAAACGAAUUCAUAGUGAAAUGCUUGAACCAAUGGCAAAUCCAAAAUUAGAACAUGAACUUGAUGAUAAAAAAGAAGAAAUAAAAAAAUUAUCAUAUGAAGUUUCAACAAAACUUAAAAAAAUGGAACAAAUAAAAGAUAAUUGUAAUGAUCAUGAUAAACAAAAUGCUCAAUGGCGUAUACAAGAAUCACAAAUAUUUGUAUUAACUAGACGUCUUCGUGAUACAAUGAUUCAAUAUAAUCAAGAAACAAUUGCACAUCGUGAUCGAUGUAAAAAAAUUAUUGUACGCGAACUUGAAAUAUCUGGAAAUCGGAAAACUGAUGAUGAAUUAGAAGAUUUACUCGAGAAUGGUUUUCCUGGAACAUUUAAUCUUUCGAUCAUAAUUGAUACGCAAAAAGCUAAACAAUCAUUAGAUGCAAUUGAAGCACGUCAUCGUGAUAUAAUUAAACUUGAAAAUAGCAUUAAAGAAUUACACAAUAUGUACUUAGAUUUAGCUAUGCUUGUUCAAAAUCAUGGUGAAAUGAUCGAUCGUAUUGAAUAUAAUGUAAUAAAAGCAGCAGACUAUGUUGAAGACGCAAAAGACAAUGUAAAUACAGCUCACGAAUAUGCUAAAAAAUCUGCCAAAGUAAAAAAAUUUUGUAUUUUAAUUAUUCUAAUUACAAGUAUCCUUCUUAUUCUUAUUCUUAUUCUUAUUGGUUAUUUUACACAAAAAAAAUUUUUAGGAAAAUAA